AUGGAGACUCCUAGUUUGGGACUUCUAGGGACUCAGGGGCCACCAUGUGUCAGUGACAGCUCCUCUGGCUUCUUUAGCUCCACUGGGCAGUGGGAAGCACACCGGGUGAGAGUAUGGGUCCCAGUCAGCAGGUGGCAGGUGCUUAAAUCCCUUCCCCUACUCCCAGUCCUCUUGGCUGACAAGGAGGGGGAGCCAGUCCCAACAGAUGAGGUGCUGGACGAAAUUGUACCAGAGUACCAGGCCCCUGGGAAGAAGAGCAUGCUGGCAAUCUGGCAGCUGGACCCUGAGGACGUGAGCCUGGUCAAGUACAAGCAGGCGCUGCUGGGGCCCCUGCCACCUGUUGUGGACCCCAGCCUGCCCAAUGUGCAGGUGACCAAGCUGACGCUGCUGUCUGAUCAGGCUCCAGGGCCUCUCAUCAUGGACCUUACAGGAGACCUGGCUGCCCUGAAAAACCAGGUGUUUGUCCUGAAGGAGGGCAUUGAAUACAAGGUGAAGAUCACCUUCAAGGUCAACAGGGAGAUUGUCAGUGGCCUCAAAUGUCUGCAUCACACCUAUCGCCGGGGACUACGUGUGGACAAGGCUAUCUUCAUGGUGGGCAGCUACGGCCCCCGGGCCCAGGAGUAUGAAUUUGUGACGACAGUGGAGGAAGCACCAAGGGGCGCAUUGGCACGUGGUCUCUACGUGGUCAGGUCCCUCUUCACUGAUGAUGACAGGCUUGACCACCUGUCCUGGGAGUGGUGCCUCCACGUCUGCCAGGACUGGAAGGACUGAACCUUCUUGGGGCCUGUGUUCCCAGUUUCUGUCAGUUGCAGAAGGACCUGCAAGCAUUCCCUAGACCUCCCAGUUGGUGAUGAGAUGUCCCUCACUCUGCUGUGUCCUGUCCUCCUGCCUGGUGCCCAUUAAAUGUUACCCUGUCUUGCUGCC